ACCUUGUUCCGCGGCCUUGCAGAUCAGUCAUCCGCGUGCAAGUGCAACCGUACCGAACUAGAGCGUCACAGAGCGCUCGUUACUCAGCCAGAUAAAUUCGCGAUCGCUCUCGGUGCAGAGCUUGCCUUGCAUGCUCGCGCUACGUUGCCUACGUCUGACCGAGUCACAAUAAUUCCGACUCGGUGGAACGACGAAAGUAAGGACGAGCGAAGCGAUUCUCGUUCGGUGUACGAGGAGCGAGGUGGUUCGACCGGAAGUGCCACGUGUCGAUCGUCGAGCCUACGGAAGUGAGAUACGCGCGCCCGUGGAAGAUUGUUCGAUUACGUUCGAUCAACAAAGUCGAGAGGCGUUCGGUAUGAUACAUGCCAGAUUUCUCAUUCGCGAGAUCAAUGGCUCGCGUUUGCCGUCAAAGGUGCAAUGUCGCGCCAAAUCGGUCGUGGCUUAUCCGAUCGAACAUAACGAAACGAAAGAUGCGGACAACGAGAUGCAGUACUCGCGGCCGACCAAAGAUAUUCCCGGCCCGAAAGCGUUGCCUUUGCUUGGCAAUUGGUUCAGAUUCCUACCAUAUAUAGGUGAAUACAGUAACCUAGACACUGUGUCGCAAAUGCGGAUGCUGCAUGAGCAGUACGGCGAUAUCGUUAAGUUGGACAAGGUAGGAGGCCGCAGAUCGACCAUCUUUCUAUUCUCACCGGAGUUUUGCGAGAAAAUGUAUCGGGUGGAAGGCGCGUGGCCGGUGAGGAUUGCUAUGGAGACUCUACAUCAUUAUCGCACGAACAGGGAGAGUAUCUACAAUGGGCAGUACGGCCUCGCAACAAGCCAGGGCAAAUUGUGGCAAGACUUCCGGUCAAAAGUCAAUCCACACAUGAUGCAACCGCGAACGGUUAAGGCACACGUAGCGCAGAUCAGCGAGGUGACCGGCGAGUUCGUGGAGAAGAUGCGGGCGCUGCGGGACCCGGAGACCCUGGAGCUGCCGGGCGACUUCAAGAACGAAUUGCAAAAGUGGGCCUUGGAGUCAAUAUGUUCGAUCGCGCUGGAUUGCCGGCUGGGGUGCUUGAAGCCUAAUCUCGCCGCCGACUCGGAACCGCAAAUAAUGAUUAAUUGCGUGCACGAGAUGUUCGAUCUCAUGUACCGCAUGGAAAUUCGGCUGUCUCUGUGGAAGGUAUACAAUACGCCGAAUCUCAAGAAGUUCUUCCGCGUGCUGGAUACGCUUAAUGGAAUCUCCAAUAAAUACAUCGAGCAGGCUAAGAUAAAGUACGAAACAAUGGACAAUAGCGCGGAAAUGGGCGACCAGAGUAUAUUACAGAAACUUUUGCGUAUCGACAAACAAACGGCACAGGUAAUGGCGCUCGAUAUGCUAACGGCUGGGGUUGAUACGACGGGCAACGUGUCCGGCAGCUUGUUGUACUACAUCGCGAAUAAUCCGGAGAAGCAGGAAAAACUGCGGGAGGAAGUAAUGUCCGUGUUGCCGGACAAAACAUCGCCCGUCACGCAGGACAUCCUAAAUCAGACGAAAUACGCUAAGGCCUGCAUCAAAGAAUCCCUUCGAUUGUUCCCCAUCGCUGUUGCCAAUCUGAGAACUAUGCAAACGGAUGUUUCCAUAGGAGGGUACAGAAUACCGGCAGGGUUCGAUGUCGUCGCUUGUCAUUCUCUGAUCGCGAAGGAAUCCACGCAGUUUUCGCAAAGGCAGGAGUACAUUCCCGAGAGAUGGUUGCGGGAUAACAUGGAGUUUCCAUCAGCCAAGGAGGCGCACCCCUUCGCGUACAUGCCUUUCGGAUUUGGCCCUCGCACCUGCAUCGGCCGACGAUUUGCCGAAAUGGAGCUCCAGACGUUGCUCUUGACAGUCAUACGAAAUUUCCGGAUCGAAUGGCAUCACGGACCGCUCGAGUACGAAAGUCGAUUUAUAAACACGCUGGUGUCACCGAUGCGAUUCAAGCUCGUCGAUCUGUAGACCGUCGCAAAAUCCUCCCGCGAUCGAUCCACGUGUUUCACGGAGAAAACUCGUCCUGGCGCGAUCUUUUUCCUUUAAUAAUUACGAGUGUCAGCGCGGCUAUACGAGCGUCCGACAAGCCAAAGAAGCCCGACGGAGGUGGAGAAGACGCCGUCGACCGACCACAAUUCUUACAAUUUUAAUCUACGCCCGAGGAAAGCGCGACAUUUUGCACCAAUUUUUUAGCUGCAAACUUUUUAGCCGGUGAAGACGCGCGCGCUUAUGUACGUGUGCGCUCACGUCUAAAUGGCAUAAAAAUGCAAGAGAUACAAAACUGUAAAUUGUACAUAUUGUCGGAAUUGUCUUUGGCGAUGUACCUUUUUGUAUUUAUAACUUUUUAUUUAUGGCAGCCUUGGGAAGGAACGCAGCUAUGCUAUUUUAUACCCAUUUGUAAUGCUGAUGACAAUAAAGUGAAAAAUACUUAUCAGAA